GACGCGGCUCGGCCAUUGGAAGCCGCGGGCUGUCCCCGCCCGCCGGUGAAGGUGAGAGUCUCCUCCGGUCACCGCGCCCCGCACUGCACUGAGCGGCUCUGGGCUCCCGCUCGAGGUCUCGGCAGAUUCCGUCGCGAUGGCGCCUCCGUCAGUCUUUGCCCAGGUCCCCCAGGCCCCUCCAGUACUGGUCUUUAAGCUCACUGCGGACUUCCGGGAGGAUCCAGAUCCCCGCAAGGUUAACCUCGGCGUGGGAGCAUACCGCACGGAUGAUUCUCAGCCCUGGGUUUUGCCAGUCGUGAGGAAGGUAGAACAGAAGAUUGCUAACGACAGUAACCUCAACCACGAGUACCUGCCCAUCCUGGGCCUGGCAGAGUUCCGGAGCUGCGCUUCUCGCCUCCUUCUUGGGGACAACAGCCCAGCUCUCAAGGAGAAUCGAGUUGGAGGUGUGCAGUCUUUGGGAGGAACAGGUGCACUUCGAAUCGGAGCUGAUUUCUUGGGGAGAUGGUACAACGGUAUAGACAACAAGAUCACACCCAUCUAUGUGUCGUCGCCAACCUGGGAGAACCACAAUGCUGUGUUUUCUGCUGCUGGUUUUAAGGACAUUCGGUCCUAUCGCUACUGGGAUGCGGAGAAGAGAGGGCUUGACCUCCAGGGUUUCCUGGACGAUUUGGAGAACGCUCCUGAGUUCUCCAUCUUUGUCCUCCAUGCCUGUGCACACAACCCAACCGGGACCGACCCGACUCCAGAGCAGUGGAAGCAGAUUGCUGCUGUCAUGAAGCGCCGUUUUCUGUUCCCCUUCUUUGACUCAGCCUACCAGGGCUUUGCGUCUGGAGACCUAGAGAAAGACGCGUGGGCUGUUCGCUACUUUGUGUCUGAAGGCUUCGAGCUCUUCUGUGCCCAGUCCUUCUCCAAGAACUUCGGGCUCUACAACGAGAGAGUGGGGAAUCUGACCGUGGUCGGAAAAGAAUCUGAGAGCAUCCUGCGGGUCCUUUCCCAGAUGGAGAAGAUCGUGCGAAUCACUUGGUCCAAUCCUCCUGCCCAGGGAGCAAGGAUAGUGGCUUCCACCCUUUCUGACCCUGAGCUCUUUAAGGAGUGGACAGGUAAUGUGAAGACAAUGGCUGACCGGAUUCUGACCAUGAGGUCUGAACUCAGGGCACGGUUAGAAGCCCUCAAGACUCCUGGGACCUGGUCUCACAUCACUGAGCAGAUCGGAAUGUUCAGCUUUACUGGGUUGAACCCCAAGCAGGUUGAAUAUCUGGUCAAUGAGAAGCACAUUUAUCUACUGCCCAGCGGUCGGAUCAACAUGUGCGGCUUAACCACCAAAAACCUAAGUUACGUUGCUUCCUCCAUCCAUGAAGCUGUUACCAAAAUCCAGUGAAGAAACACCACGUAGUCCACACCUCCAAAGCGGUUCUUUGUCCCAUCUUCCCUGCCUGCGCAAACCUAGUUGUACAUGUCCUGGAUUAGAAUGACUGUGGGGAGGCAGCCACUGUUUAGCUGGCCCCACAUGAAGAAGACUUCCUGAAAUGAGCCGGGGCCUGGGGAUUAGAGCCUUUUGGAAGCCAGAGCAAAUCCAGGUUACUUAAGAAUAAAAAGUACUUUGCUAUGAGGUGGAGUUCGCUGGCCUUCCUCUAGCAUCCUGCAGGAGUGCUGCCCAUGGAGCCAUGGGCUUCUGCAUGUUGCUUGUACAUGUACAUGUACUGUACAAAGUCCAGUCCCAAAGAUCAAGUUGUCCGAGGAGCCGGGUGUGACUGUGGGUGUCAGCUGGGGCAUUAAAACUCAUCAUCUCCACCCAAGUCUCUUGUCUCCCUGAUCUUUCUGCAUGGUUGUGUCCCUUGUCUGAAACAUGAGUUUAUUUAAGGUAACUGUGACAGAUAUUUACAUCAUGACACACAAAUGGAUAUACAUAUUUAACUGAAAUAAAAGUCCCACUAAAUGGUACUUGCUCUUGUGAUGUGUAGCACAUUGUGAUAUUUUCUUAGUUUAUUCUGUUGUGGUCUGUUUCAUUUAAAAAAUAAAAAUGCUGAUCAAGACACAUGGAA